UCGCCGUCUCGCUCCGGGCUGCUGGGCUCCCUCCGCUCUCUUUCUCUCUUCCCCUCGCUCCCUCUUGUCCUCUCUCACGGCCGCCACCCGCGUCCCCCCCUCCUCCUUCCCCCCGGCAGCCGGCCACCGGCCUCUGCCCAGCCCAGUCCGGCCCUGUCCUGCCCGCCCGGUCUGGAGGGAGCCGGUGCGGGCGCGAUGGCCGGGCAGAGGCAACUGCAGCGGCGGCUGAGGGGCGGCCUGCGCCCCCCUGCCCCGCCCCUGUCCCCGGCCGCGCCGGCUUCAGCCCCGCCGGCCCCGGCCCGGGCCCGGCCCCCCCGGCCGGGCCGCCGUCUGCUGCUGCUGCUGCUCGCCGCCCUGCUCGGGCUGGCCGCCGGCGCCGGGGGCGGGACGUGUCCCGAGCGGGAGCUGGAGCGGCGCGAGGAGGAGGCCAACGUGGUCCUCACGGGCACGGUGGAGGAGAUCCUGAACGUGGACCCCGUGCACCUCACCUACUCGUGCAAGGUCCGGGUCUGGCGAUACCUUAAGGGCAAAGACGUGGUGACCCAUGAGAUCCUGCUUGACGGUGGGAACAAAGUGGUGAUUGGGGGCUUUGGAGACCCACUCAUUUGUGACAACCAGGUUUCCACUGGGGACACCCGGAUCUUCUUUGUGAACCCCGCCCCACGCUACCUGUGGCCAGCACAUAAGAACGAGCUGAUGCUGAACUCCAGCCUCAUGCGCAUCACGCUUCGGAACCUGGAGGAGGUGGAACACUGUGUGGAAGAUAAACCUGGGAAUCAUUUCACGCAGCCACCCCCGACGCCUCCAGAUGCCUGCCGGGGCAUGCUCUGCGGCUUCGGGGCCGUGUGUGAGCAGAGCGCCGGCCGUGCCACGUGCGUGUGCAAGAAGAGCCCGUGUCCCACCGUGGUGGCGCCCGUGUGUGGGUCCGACGCCUCCACCUACAGCAACGAGUGUGAGCUGCAGAGGGCCCAGUGCAGCCAGCAGCGCCGCAUCCGCGUGGUCAGCCGGGGGCCCUGUGGCUCCCGGGACCCCUGCUCGGGAGUGACCUGCAGCUUUGGUAGCACCUGUGCUCGGUCGGCAGAUGGGCAGUCGGCCAAAUGCAUCUGCCCGUCCUCGUGCAGCGGCGUCCCCGAGGGCAUCGUGUGUGGCAGCGACGGGCGCAACUACCCCAGCGAGUGCCAGCUGCACCGCCUUGCCUGUGCCCGGCAGGAGAACAUCGUCAAGAAGUUCGACGGCCCCUGUGGUGAGAGGCGGGCGUGGGCGCCGGAUGGCGAGGGUGGGUGUGGGGCCGGCCCUGGGGCCUCCUUCCCGCUUCCUCUGGCAGCAGGGGGACUGCAUUACGGACAGAGCGUUAAGGAUCUGGGUUCAAAUCCCACCUUGUGUGAGCCCGGCCUUCAGCUUCCUCCUGUGAAAGGGGACCAGUGCCCGGCCCCUGCUUCCACGCCGGGCCAUCCGCCGCGGGCCCUGCUCCUGCGACCGCGGACGGGCGCGGGCGCCUACCGCCCGUGGCGGGGGCCACAGCGCCAGCGACUGGGCCGCCAGCGCCCGAGGGACCAGCAGGGCGCCCGCCGCCACCAGGGCCCCUGUGACCAGGCGACCCCCAGCCCCUGCCUGGGGGUCCAGUGUCCUUUUGGGGCCACGUGUGUGGUGAGGAACUGGGAGGCCGUGUGUGAAUGUCAGCAGGUCUGUGCGGGCCUCUACGAUCCCGUGUGUGGCAAUGACGGGGUCACCUAUGGAAGCCCCUGCGAGCUGGAAGCCACAGCCUGCGUCCUCAGGAAGGAGAUCCUGGUCACUCGCAAGGGACCCUGUGGCCUCUGUGGAAAGUGCCAGUUUGGGGCCCUGUGUGAGGCGGAGACCGGCCGCUGCGUGUGUCCCACCGAGUGCGUGGCUUCGGCCCAGCCCGUGUGCGGCUCAGACGGGAACACGUACGGCAGCGAGUGUGAGCUGCACGUCCACGCUUGCACUCGCCAGAUCAACCUCAGCGUGGCCUCCCCGGGACAUUGCAAGACAUGUGGAGACACAGUAUGUACCUUUGGGGCCGUGUGCUCCAACGGACAGUGCGUGUGCCCCCGGUGUGAGCGGCCACCUCCCAGCCCGGUCUGUGGCAGUGAUGGUAUCACCUACGGUAGCAACUGUGAGCUCCGAGAAGCUUCCUGCCAGCAGCAGAAGAAGAUUGAGGAGGUCCGGCCCGGGCCCUGCGAGGAUGAAUGUGGCUCUGGGGGCUCCGGCUCGGGUGAGGAUGGGGAGUGUGAGCAGGAGCGGUGCCGGCGCCGGGGAGGCGUGUGGGACGAGGACGCGGAGGAUGAUCGGUGCAUCUGUGACUUCAGCUGCCAGACGGUGUUACGCAGCCCGGUGUGUGGUUCUGAUGGGGUCACCUAUGGUAACGAAUGUGAGCUGAAAAAAGCAAGGUGUGAGAGUCGCCAGGAGCUGUAUGUCACAGCCCAGGGUGCCUGCCGAGCCACGCCGACGAUGGUCCCACCUCCACCUGUCCUGCACUGCUCUGAGACCCCCUAUGGCUGCUGUCUGGACAAUGUCACCAGGGCCCAGGGUGUUGGCUUGGCUGGCUGUCCAAGUGAGUGUGUGUGUGUGUGUGUGUGUGUGUGCUCCUGCCGGGCCCUGGGGGGCCCCUUAAGGGCGACGGGAUGGAGCCAGGUUUGGAACUUGUGGAUCGGGAUUGAUGGCCGGAGCGGCGCACCUAGGCCAGAGCCAAGGCCCAGGCCAGUCUCGGUCCCUCUCCGUCCACUGACCGCCACAGGAGGCCCCCGGUGGCCCUGUCCUGGAGCCCCAAGCCAGCUAAGGCUCAUGGCCCCACCUCUCGCCCUUCCAGCCUGUAAUUGUGACCCUGGAGGCUCCGUAAGAGAUGACUGUGAGCAGAUGACCGGACUGUGCUCCUGCAAGGAAGGCAUCACAGGGAUGAAAUGCAGCCAGUGUCCCCCUGGCAGCAUCCUGGGCCCCUCAGGCUGUGAGAACGACCCCUCGGCUCCCAAGUCGUGCGCUGAGCUGAGCUGCGAGUUUGGGGCAUCCUGCGUGGAGACGGGUGACUCUGCCCACUGUGAGUGCCCGGCCCCCGUGUGUCCGGAGGACAACAUGGUCAAGGUCUGUGGCUCGGAUGGGGUGACCUACGGAGACCCCUGUCAGCUGAGGACCAUCGCCUGCCGCCAGGGCCGGACGAUUACUGUGCGGCAUUUUGGGCAGUGCCACGAGUCCAUCACUCACGGGACGCCCCCUGCCCAGCCUCCCACCGCCCCAUCUAUAGUGACCUCAGAAACCGUCCUGCCCUCCCUCCUGAGGUUCACCAGCCCGGCCCCAGAGACCACCAUGACGACGACCUGGCCGGGUCGGGGCCCCCAGCCCACCCCCCGCAGCCGCUCCACCACCCGACCUCCCGUGCCAGCCUGGACCACGGCAGGCGUCCGCCGGACCACACCACGGCUUGCUGCUCCCGCCCGGACCACACCGGGCAUCCACAGGGCGACGGUCCGGCCGCCCCCCCCGAGCUGGACCAUGGCAGGCGUGCACCGGAGCACAGCGCGGCCCAUCCUGACUGCCCCAAUAGCCCCCGCGGCCAUCCCCACCGUGACCUAUCCCGAGUCCGGCAGUGCCAGCGGUGACGAGGAGCUCAGCGGCGACCUGGAGGCCAGCGGGGCAGGAUCCGCGGGGAUGGAGCUCUUGGAAGAGGAAGGUGUGGCGGUCCCCACGCCCGCCAUCGAGAGGGCUUCCUGCUACAACUUGCCCCUGGGCUGCUGCUCGGACGGAGAGACACCCGCCCUAGACGCCGAGGGCACCAACUGCCCAGCCACCAAGGUGUUCCAGGGGGUGCUGGUUCUGGAAGAGGUCGAGGGUCAAGAGCUAUUCUACACCCCAGAGAUGGCAGAUCCCAAGUCGGAGCUCUUCGGCGAGACAGCCCGAAGCAUCGAGAGCGUGCUGGAGGGCCUAUUCCGGAAUUCAGACGUCAAAAAGGACUUCCGGAGUGUCCGGAUGCGGGACCUGGGGCCGGGCGGCUCAGUGCGCGCCAUUGUGGAUGCCCACUUUGACCCCUCUACAUCCUUCACAGCACUUGAUGUGGGCCGGGCCCUCCUGAAGCAGAUCCGGGCAUCCAAGAAGAGGGUCCUCGUGGUCAAGCAGCCCCUGGCCGACCACGUGAAGUUCAUGGACUUUGACUGGCUCCCUAUGCUGUUCACCACAGCCACCACCACCACCACCGCGGCCACGGAGGCCGUGACCCCAGGCAGCCGCCACACCUCUGCCAUGACCCCCCACACUCUGUACCCGGAUCACCAGGGCCGGCCCCACAGCAGGCCGGCCCCACCGGCGACUCACAGACCACCCACCACUGUGGCCCUGCCCCCUGCCAUGCCCCCCGUCACCCAUAGGCCCCCCCGGCCCUGCGACUCCCACCCCUGCCUCCACGGGGGCACCUGCGAGGAUAACGGGAAGGAAUUCAGCUGCAGCUGCCCAGCUGGCAGAGGCGGGGCUGUCUGUGAGAAAGCUGUGCAGUACUUCGUGCCCGCCUUUGGGGGCAGGUCCUACCUGGCCUUCCCCACACUCCGAGCUUACCACACCCUGCGGGUGGCUAUGGAGUUCCGUGUGUCCGAACCCCAUGGGCUAAUGCUGUAUAAUGGCCAGAGCUCCGGGAAGGACUUCAUUGCACUCACGCUGGUCAACGGCUUCGUGGAACUCAGGUUUGAUACGGGCUCGGGCAUGGGCAUCGUCACCAGCAAGGUGCCUGUGGAGCGUGGCCGGUGGCACCACCUGGUGGUGACGAGGAACCGGCGUCAAGGGGUGCUCUCUGUGGAUGGGGAGCCCCAUGUGACUGGCGAGAGUCCCAGCGGCACUGACGGGCUCAACCUGGACACAGAUCUGUUUGUGGGUGGGGUCCCUGAAGACCAGGCCGCAGUAGUGUCCGAGCGCACAUCGGCCCGGGCGGGUCUGAGGGGCUGCAUCCGCCUCUUGGACGUGAACAACCAAAGGAUCGGGCUUCGGGAGAAGGGCCCGGAUGUUCUCUAUGGCUCUGGGGUGGGCGAGUGUGGGAACAACCCCUGUCUGCCCAACCCCUGCCACCACGGUGCCACCUGCCAGGCUCGAGAGGCCGACAUGUUCCACUGUCAGUGUCCAAAGGGCCGGGAAGGCCCCACCUGUGCUGAUGAGAAGAACCCCUGCCAGCCCAAUCCUUGCCAAGGGGCAGCUACCUGCCGAGUGCUGCCCGAGGGAGGUGCCAAAUGUGAAUGCCCCAUGGGCCGAGGGGGCCAGUUUUGCCAGACGGGUAAGGCUAGGCUGCGGGGUCUGGGGGAGCAGAGGGACUUUGUGUCCUGGCUUUCCCAUGGUGGGAUCUGGAAAAGGCUAGACCUGGGCAAAGGAGCUGCAGUCAUCAGGAGCAAGGAGCCCAUCACCCUGAACAAAUGGACCCGGGUCUCUCUGGAGCGGAAUGGAAGGAAGGGGGCCAUGUGGAUCAACGAUGGUGAACGGGUGCUGGGGGAGUCACCGAAAUCCCGAAAGAUGCCACACACUGUCCUCAACUUGAAGGAACCACUUUAUGUUGGGGGUGCUCCUGAUUUCAGCAAACUCGCCCGUGCAGCUGCCGUCUCCGGAGGCUUUGAUGGGGCCAUUCAGACGGUCUCCCUGAAGGGCCGCCAGCUGCUGACAAGAGAGAAUGUUUUGGACGCUGUGGAGAUCUCCUCCUUCCCUGACCAUCCCUGUACCCGGGCCUCGGGCCAGCCCUGCCUCAAUGGGGGCUCCUGCUCUCCCCAGCAGGACACCUAUGAGUGCCUGUGCCCAGGAGGCUUCUCAGGAGCCCACUGCGAGAAGGGGCUGAUUGAGAAGUCGGCUGCUGACCUGGACGCCAUUGCUUUUGAUGGACGCACAUUCAUUGAGUAUCACAAUGCAGUGACCACCAGUCCUGAUGCUCUGGACUCCGGGGUCCUUUCCAGCGAGAAGGCCCUACAGGAGAACCACUUCGAGCUGAGCCUGCGGACGGAGGCCAUGCAGGGGUUGGUGCUGUGGAGCGGCAAGGGCACCGAGCGAGCUGAUUACAUUGCUCUGGCCAUUGUGAAUGGCCGUCUGCAGAUGACCUAUGACCUGGGCUCCCAGCCCGUCGUGCUGUACUCCACGGUGCCUGUUAACACCAACCGCUGGCUCCGCGUCAAGGCCUCCAGAGUACAAAGGGAAGGCUCCCUUCAGGUUGGCAAUGAAGCCCCGGUGACAGGAUCCUCCCCACUGGGAGCUACACAGUUGGACACAGAUGGAGCCCUGUGGCUGGGGGGCCUGGAGAAGCUGAAUGUGGCACACAGCCUGCCCAAGGCGUACAGCACGGGCUUUGUGGGCUGCUUACGCGGAGUGGUGGUCGGCCAGAAGGAGCUGCACCUGGUUGAGGACGCCUUACAUAAGCCUGCCCUUCGGCAUUGCUCGGCCCCAUGAUGCCCCUGUCCACCUCCAGCCCUGCCUCCUGCCAGUUGUUGUAAUUAUUUUCUAUUUUUGUAAACUCAUGGCUUUUUUUUUAAUAUAUAAUUUCCCCCUGCCCGCCUGUCAGGGGAUGGAGGAAAUACAGACCUUCCUCUAGCCCCGGCCCCGCUCCAGUGAGAUCGACCUUCCACUGGCCUCUGAUUUGAGGAGGGUCCCGGCCCUCUUUUUGGACAGCUGGUGGGCCCCACCCCAAGGGCAGCUGUACAAGAGCCCGACUGGACAAGACUGCAGGCUCUUUCCCGGGGGCUUUGGCCAGACCUCAGUUGCCUCUUUCCCUCCCGGUUUUGCCCCCAAGGAGGAUGAAGACGGACCAGCCCUGGCUGAGAGGCCAGGCCAGAGGGACAUGAGCUAAACUGGGUUCUUGGCCUCCAUACCACCCCCCUCCUGCCCCUUUCAUCAGUCUUUGUGUUUGUAAUUUAUGUGUGUAAGAGUCUGACUUUAUCUGUUAUUUUUUAAUGCACUGUCUUCUUGCCAUCCCUACCUUAUCCCCUCUACCGACAGUCUCUUGUGUACACACACACACACACACACACACACACACGCAGGCCAGCACUCCCUAGGGAGAAGGCUGCCUCUGCUCCAAAGGCCUGAAGCUUGGUGCCCAGGGCACCACAAUUCCCCAAGGCCGCCAUUCCCUCCUUGCCUGAUUUUCCUCAUCACAGGCCAGCCGGCAUGAACGAGCUCGGAGGUCUCAUUUCAGGCUUUAAUUUGGGGGAGAUGGGGUGGGGGUGGGGGGCAGAGGAGGAUGGUCUUUGCCCUCUCUGCUACAUCUACCAGGCUUCUGAUCUCCCUUCCCUUCGGGGACAGCCAUGGUUCGGGCCCCAGACCCCCCAGGCCUGCUCAGUGCCAAUACUGUGACUUAGAAUCGACCUUAUUUGUUGGACUCAAGGAGCCUUUGAGGCUUUUUCCCAUACUUCCCAGCUUGGCCUGGAUCCCCCAUGCUCCCCUGGGAUGGGAACUAAGCCACGCCCCUCCUGAAUGAAUUCAAAUAUGGGCGGAGGGACCAGGGACCAGAAGCGGUCGGUGGGCCUCACUCCCAGCCAAGGGAAGCUCUUUGUGAAGUCCCCAGCUCUUCACACACCAGCUGCCUGCGCUUCCUGAUCGUUUCUCUGCACUUGGGCUUCCAGACAUGGUCUUUCUCUCACAUCAUUAUCACCUCAGGCAGUGGUCCCCGGGGCCCAUUUUUUGAACUUGAAGAAAAUGGGUGUAGCCUGCGGCUUUUACAGAAAUAAUUCUGGUGACUUUGGGAAGAAAGGACAUCAGGGAGCUGGAUUUUUAUCCCCUUCCCACCCUCAGUUUUCAGUACUGGAGUUGGGAUGGGGGGGGGGGGGGUAGGGGGGGAGCUGGGGAGGGCGUGGCAGUCUCCAAGGGAGCGAGAGUCUAAGUGGCUCUUAAAGCUUUCUUUCAGAGAGGAUGAUUUAUCCACUAGGAUGGUGGAGCAAGGGGCAGGGGGAGGGGAACCGUUCUCAAAUCCAUUCCUCGUCCCUGGGCACCCAAUCUUAAAGUUGGUGUCCCUGCAUUUUGGCCUCCCUAGCACUGCUGUCCCGGGGGAACAGAAGGGGUGGGGUGGGGUGGGAUGGGACAGUCUUCUAUAAGAAAGAUGGAGAAAGGCUUUGGAAUGGGGGAGGGUGGAAUGGGGCUGCACCUUAUAAGUAAAAAGAAAUGACCAUGGCUUUCUCCGGCUCUCCUCUCGAGAGGUGUCUCAGUAUCCCACAUGUUGGGAAAAACACUGGACUCCAGGAAACUUUCCCAGAGAUUGGGGGGGAGAAGGGUGGUGGGAUUGGAAACGCCUUAAAACGCAACAUUUGUGUCCUUGUUUCCCUAUGCCCUCUCCCCGUUCCCAUUGCCACCCCAGCUCGGGCACAGUCUCCCUGGGAGCCAGGACUCGAGACUGGGACUAGUGGACACUUUGUAAGAGAAACCAGGAGGCCUGUGGUUGGGGGUUAGGGAGAGGGGCCGGGACCACGCCACGCCACACCGCACCCCUCCGUGCCAUUCCAAGGUGGGCCUAGCCCCUGCUCUCGACUGAUUGGGCAAUGGCCACCAGGCCUCCCCACCCCCACUCAGCAUGAUGUAACCAUUACUAACUUUAUGUGUGUCUUUUGUCAGUCGCCAUGAAAUAAAGUUGGAAAACUUGAAAAUGA